AUGAACCAAAUCGAAGAACCAGAGGGCCAAAACCCUUUGGGACCAGCUGACCAUUUCCCCGAGUACCAAAACAUGGAUGUGGACGAUGAUCCAGAUCCUGAGAUGCCACCAUCUGGGACGCCGACGCAUCCCAUCGAGACUUCUAGCGGAUCAUCUUUUCAUGGCGGUCACGCCACCGCCACCACCAGCGCUAGAGCAGCCACCGCCUCCCGAACCAUCGGGGCGACGAAGAACUGCACGGAUGUCCGUGCGUGGGGGUUUCCAUUUCAGCACCCCCAACACUCCAGCAACAGCAACUACCCUCCUAUCCAGGAUGACCCGCAAAUGGGUGGGCCUUCAAAUGCAAUUUCUGAAGUCGACUCUGCACCAGUAGCACCAGCACCACCCAUGGGUUAUGAAAACCCAAUUCCAUCUUACCCAGGUGCAGCUGGGUACAACCCGUUUGAGCAGCAAGCUUAUUCGGGUUAUAACUACAACAAUGCACCUACUGUUGACCCGUACAUUGAAGCAGCAAACUUCAAUGCUCUCUACCCUGGUCCCUUUCCACCUACGUACCCAACUGGGUACCCUGCAUAUGGGUAUCAAUACCCACCACCUCCUCAACUACAGUAG